GAGAUGGCGGGCGUCCUGAGCAGGCCUCGGCUCCUCGGCGGGUCCCGCUGAAGACCUGCAAGGCGCAGGGAAGGAGCGGCGCCUCGCGGGGGCGGCGGCGGCCCAUGUGCUGAUCGGUCCAUGCUGCAGCAGGCCUCGGGCAGCAGCAGCAGCCCCAGCAAGGUCUACCGGCGUGCCGCCAACGCGUCGGGAUCCCCGGGCGCGUCGAGCGGCGGCUGCGACGCCUGGGAAGACGCCCAGCACGUGCUAUGGCAGGGCGCUCAGCUGUGCUGCGCCGCCGCCUUCCUCAUCCCGCACCGGUUCGCCGUCAGCUCGCUGCUGUUCCGCUGGCUGCUUACGCUCAGCUUCAGCAUGACCAGCAUCUGGGCCGGCGUGGUGGUAUGCGCGCCGGACGUGCUCGCCUGGCACCUGACCUGCCUGCUGGUGAACGCGUCGCACGCCGCCUACCUGGCCUGGCAGGCGUUGCCACCCAGGGUGCCGCCGCUGCUCAGGACCCUCUACGAGCGCCUCUUUCUGCCCUACCUGGUCAGCAAGAAACAGUUUGUGGAGCUCGUCAAGACGGCCGACGUGUGCUCCAUCGAGGCCGACCACAAGUACGCCGUCGAAGGGUCCACGGCGGCAGACCAGAAGGUCUCCAUCCUGCUCACCGGCAAGAUGCAAGUUUCCUGCGAAGACGUACUGCUCCACUACAUCCACCCCAACGAAUUCAUCGAUUCUCCGGAAUUCGAGUCCUGUCCCAUAGGUAGCGACAAAUUAUUUCAGGUGACGAUCACGGCGAUCGAGCCGUGCAGCUACCUGUGCUGGCCCCGGCGACGCCUGCACCAAGUGCUGCGCCUCAACCCGGCCCUGACGGCCAUCGUGCACAACCUGGUCGGCCGGGACAUCGCGCACAAGCUGUACUCGCUCGCCGAGUUCCACCGGCUGGGCACCGACAGCGUGCCCAGGCCCCUCAAGGACCUGGCGCUCGACUGGUGGAAGACGCACCUGCCCCGGAGCCUCAGCGUCGACGCCGUGUACACGGGCCCGCGGGGCCGCAUGCGGUCCCAGGCCUGGCAGGCCGCCAACGACGCCGGCAGGCGGAGGCCCUUCACGGACACCACGGGCUCGCACCUCUUCUACGGGGCCGCAACGGCCCAAGACGAACGAGAACGAAAGUCAAAGCCCAAGGUCGCCGUGCCCGGGAUCGUCCGUCUAGAGGUGGCGCCGGUAACCUAGGCACCCCUCCCUGUUUACAAUACUGCUGUCAACGACCCUGUUCUGUGUUCGAUGUUAUGUUGCCAAUGGGAAAGAAGCCACCACACGUUUAAGGUUGUCAUUCCACGCGUCCUGUGUCUUAGUGAAUUCAUUUCUGUGCAAUGUGCCCAUCCUGCAAAUGCCACAUUGGCUCCAGGGGUAUUCACCGUCGUCCGUCAAGCUCUACGCCUCAUUCGCCGCAUCCCGAAAAUUGGUCUCCAUGAAGGGAUGCAAGACUGUCACUCGAUGAGUUGGCAUAAGGACUAAUUGGCUGGAGCUACGUAGCGUCGGAAGAGAACUCGUGCCAUCUACGGCACUAGCUAGAGUUGGAUAGCUGUCUUCACCAGGAUUACCACAAUUUUGCAGGUUACUGAGGCGUCGGCUCUCCAGCUGUCGUGUGACCCCAUAUCUUACCAAAGAUUGAAAGUAGUUCACUCUUCCAAUGUCAUUCACACAACAUACUAGGUGAGAAGCGGAUCACCACUGCGCACACACUUAAUUAAGCUUGCUAGGGGUACUUUUAGGUGACGUUUGGAUUAUAAAGCAAACAGCCAACUCAUAAGUCAAGGGAUGACCUGAUAUUCCGCCACUAACUCCAUUCCCAUCCAAGUUAGGGCUGCUAACAAUGACAGGUGGAUUAUCUCAUCUUUCUAUCUACCCCACCAUGUUCCAGGAAGAAACCAUUCACUUGCUGAGCCCUCACAAGAGCAAUGUCUCGUGUGUGAUGCUUUCUGUAUUUAAAAGGAACGAGUUGUGUGUAUAUAUGUACAUUAUUUUGUAUGUUUGUACAUAGAUAUAUGCAGGUAGAUGAGCAGAUGCCAUUAAAAAGACUAAUAAAAUUGUUUUCAUGCAGCACAGGGCUA